GAAAGAGAGAGAGAGAGAUCAGAUGAAAGCUUUCAAGGUUGAAUACCUGUUUUUCGGUCUAAAUUUACUCCAUUUCCCCUUAUUUAGACAAAAUAUUGAAAAAAAAAUGAAUAAUUCUUCAUAAUGUGUAGGAAAAAAUAAGUUUAUCUUUAACUAAUUAUAAAAUAAAUGAAACAGGUAGUAUGAAAUACAUAUUGUCGUACAGUUUUAUAACCUCUCAAUCUAGGUUUUAAUUGAUACAUUGUUCACAAUUUAUUUAUAAUGAUUGAAAUAAAUGAAAUGGUUGAUAAUUGAUUGAAUGUAAUAAUCAAUUUAUUUUAAUCCAUAAUAAAUUAUUAUUAAUUCAACCAUUGUGAAGGUCAUUAUCUAUUUAUUACUGAUACAACCAGUGACAAUGAAAUAUCAUAAAGCAGGAAAAAAUUAUGUUAAUAAUAUAUUUCAUCAUAAUUGUGAAAUUAUCAUUUUUAUGUAUGUUUUGAUCACUACUUUAUUUGCUGUAUUUUUGUUUUUGUAUGGUUUUUUCCCAAUGAUGCAGUAUGAUAAUUCAAUAUCUACUAGAAAUGAUAUCCCAACUUCAAUUAAUCAUACAAAAGUUAACAAAGAUCUCUUGUAUAAACCAUUGGUCCAGAAGAUGAUUAUUAUGGUCAUAGAUGCAUUGAGAUGGGAUUUUGUGAAUAACUCUUACAUUACUGGUUCAAUGCCUAUCACAAGUAGCUUACUUCGAAAUAAAUCUGCUUGUUUAUUACAAGUUAAAGUAAAUGCUCCAACUGUUACGAUGCCCAGGAUAAAAGCUAUGACAACUGGAGCAGUAUCAAGCUUCAUAGAUGUGGCUUUCAAUUUUGGGAAAGCAGUUGUGUCAAGUGACAAUAUACUGUUACAGGCAAAAAAUCAUGGACAUAAAUUAAUAUUUUAUGGUGAUGAUACCUGGUUGAAAUUAUAUCCAAAUAUCUUUUCUCGAUACGAAGGAACUACUUCAUUUUUUGUUUCUGAUUAUACAGAAGUUGAUAAUAAUGUGACUCGUCAUAUAAGCGAUGAAUUAAAUAAAAACACUGACUGGUCAAUAAUGAUUCUUCAUUACUUAGGACUCGAUCAUAUUGGUCAUCUUUAUGGUCCUCAAAGUUCUUUAGUCAAGCCCAAAUUACAAGAAAUGGAUCGAAUAAUUGGUCAAAUUAUCGAAAAAAUCAAUCAAUGGAAUGAAAAAGGAGUAUCAUCAAUGUUAAUCGUCUGUGGAGAUCACGGAAUGAAAGAUUCAGGAGGGCAUGGUGGCUCAACUCCUGAAGAAACACUUGUCCCUUUGAUAGCGUAUGGAACCGACUAUUCCUCCAGUAAUCUAGCAGCUAACCAUGAUAAAAUAGAACAAAUCGACAUUGCUGCUACAAUAGCUAUGAUGUUAGGGCUUCCUUUACCAUCAUCUAAUUUGGGGAGUGUUUCUAUUGACAUAAUUAAUACUCUUCCAUUCCAAAGCAAACUUUUUAUGCUUCACUACAAUGCAGUGCAGGUUUUUAAGCAUUUUGAAAAAUUACCCGACUAUGAGUCCUUUCGGUGCUAUUUUAAUUACAUAAGCGCAAUAAAAUUACAUUCAGAAGAAUUGAAAACAAACAUCACUUCUCCAGGGAAAAUUUCUCAUAUAGUGGAUUUAUAUUAUAAUGCUCUAAAAGGAGUAAAAAAUAUUCUUGUACAAAGUAUGAUUCAUUAUAAUCUAGCCUUUAUGAAUGCUGCGAUAUUAUUGAUGCUACAAGCUCUCUUGAUAAUUCUCAACUCUAAUCCAUUAGAGCCGUUUUCAUUUUAUAAAUUUUUCAAUUGGUGGAUAGCAACUGUCACCUUUUGGUUCUUGAUGAAUUAUUUAUUGUGUUCUGAAAGUAAUGACAUUAUAGAAGUGACUAACAUGAGCCUCAUAAUCUUGGUAAUGACAUGUUUUACUCUAAAUAGUUAUUUAUUUGCUCGAAUUGCAUGGAAAGAAUUAUUUAAAUACAAUUUCAAAAAAUGGAGUACUUUAUAUUCAAUAUUAUUAAUUGUUUAUGGAUUGAGCUUGACUAGCAGUAGUUUUAUUGAAGAAGAACAUCAAACAUGGUAUUUUUUUUGGAUUACUUUUCUAUUGUUGAAAGUUACUAAUUACAUAACAGAAUAUCAUAGCUCCUAUUUAAGAAAAUUGAAUAGCAAUAGUAUUCGAAAUAUCAUGAAAAUGAUAUUCAUGAUGAUCGUUCAUCGAGUUUUGAGAAAACUAAAUAGCACAGGAAAUAAAUAUGCUAAUUUGCCAGAUAUCAGAGGGUGGAUUGAAAGCGAAGAGUCUUCUACUGCUAUAAGUGUUAUUUUACUUUUUGCUCUUGGAUUAUUAUUUCUAAUAGCAUCUUUUAUAGAGAAAGAAGACAAUAAAAGUUUGUUAAUUUUCCAUUUAAUUGUAAUUGUCUGCAUAUAUCAACGUCAUGUAGGAGAAAAUACUGUGAUGGAGAUUCCUUUUCUUCCAAAGACUAAGAGCAUUCAAGAAGUACAAAUAUUUUGGAACGCUUUAGCAUUAUUGACUAUUUAUUCUUUAUGGAAAAUGAUUUAUGAAAGAUCAAAUACUCAGACUUAUCUACACAGUUUUUUAUUAUUAGUUACUAAAAUAUGGAUUUUUAUCUCAGCUUUUUUACAUCGACCAUAUAAUGUGAUAUUGAUACCAAUGCAAUUAAUUGUGCAUUUAAUGAUUUUUAGUUCUUUUCAGAAUAAAAAUAAUGAAAAUAAUGGAAAUAAAAUAAAUCACACAUUCAUACAUUUUUGCUUAGGAAACGUAUUUUACUUUUAUCAGGGUAAUUCAAACAGCUUAGCUACUGUGGAUAUUUCUGCGGGAUAUGUAGGUUUAAAUUCAUACAACUUUUAUCUGGUUACAUUAUUUCUGUGUAUAAAUACAUUUGCAGCUCCAAUUUUAUCAUAUUUAAUGCUUUUAUGUCAUGAAACUUCUAAUCGAGAGAAAUAUUCUGAAAGUAAGUCGAAGUCGAAAAUUCAUUCAAUAAAUCAAAUUUACACUAUUUUUAUAAUAUUUAUUAUAAUUACGUAUACAAUAAUAAUAAGCUUCCAAAGAUAUCACUUAUUUGUAUGGACUGUAUUUUCUCCGAAACUUUUAUACGUAGCCGUCCAUUCUGCGGUAUUUUUUAGUAUAAUAAUAUUAACACAAUUAUUGGAUGGAUUACUAAAGAAAUAAACCAACAAAUUUAUUUAUAAAAAA